AUAAAAAUAAUUCUUUUUACAUCUUAAAAAGAAUUCAUAAUUGGUGACAUACAAUUGAAUUCUUUUUGAACUCUCUGUGCUAUCUGGGAGGUUAUAGAGCGAUAUAUGCGUACUUAUAUAUAUAAUCAUUUAUUUGAAAUAAUGAUUUAUAAUAAUGUUUUUCAAAUAUGAAAAAAACUUUUUAAAUGUGAAAUAAUUAUUUUUUUAAAUUUUACAUAAAAGCUAAUCUGCAAUGUACUUUUUGCUUCGUGUUUCUUGCCUAUUAUCUCUUUGCCUUUUAACAUACUAUUUUAUCAACAAUUGUGUUUUUUGUCAUGUGUUUCUUGUUUUUUUCGGAAUUUGUUAACUUUUAUCUCGUCAAUUUCCAUAAAACAGUACUUGGAGAGACAAAAAGAUAGUAGGCAAAAAGCAAAUAAUAGGAAACAAAGCACAUUGUAGAGUAACCUUAAACGUUUUUCAUAUAUUUAUGAAAUGUUAGAAAAAUAUUUUUUUUAAUAUUAAUAUUAAGAUUUGUUUAGAUGUUAAAACAAAUGGUUUUUUUAUUUCAGAAAGAAAUAUAAGACAUUUUAAAUAUUUUUGAAAUAUUUUAAAAACCAGAAUUUUUUUGUUUUACAUAUUUAAAUGUCAGAAAAAAUGUUUUUUUUAUAUUAAAAUACAUGUUUUUUUUUUAAUGAAGAAAGAGGGAUUCAUAAUUUAUGUCUGUUUUUUGAAGGAAAUAUUAAAAAAACUAUUUUUUUAAUGUUUUAAAAACUACUUUUGGAAAACAUUGUUUUUUGCUGAUUGAUAAAAGAUGACCUUAAGUAAAGAAAUCGCAUUUAAAUGUAUCUACAUGAAAUAUAUUCAUUCGUAUACAUUUUGCUAUCCCUUCUUUUACUAUUUUUUGUUUAAGUUUAAUUUAAAUUUAUUCUGUACUUAUAUGAAAUUGCGUAAGAAUAAUUAUUUUAAAAAUAAAGAAGAUACUAGUCUGUGAUUCAAGAUGAUGUAAUCUUCUACAAGGAUCUCACUAAUACUUAUCUUAUUCUACAAAAAUGCCGCGAUCUGCAAGGAUAUAAUCAACAUUUGCGCAGACAGGCGUUCUGAUGCUCUGAUAGCCAUAGUGACGAACCCUUUGGACUUAUUGGUGCCAAUCGCGACGGGAGAAACGAAGAAAUCUCUUAAAGAAACGCAGGAUUUAUCAGCCUGAAAGGCUCUCCGGCAUCUGUCAGAUCGACCAGAUGCGAAUGCAUUUCUACGUGGAGACCGUAGUCUCCGUAGCUGGUCAGUAUCUAAGAAAGCCUCAUGUUUCUGUCGUGGGUUAUCAUGCGAAAAGCACUACGAUUUCUUUAUUCUUUAAGCGAGAUCGGACGUUCCUUUAAUGGAGAAGGGAAUCUAGAACUUUGAUUCUUAUAUUCAAGAUGCUGGGAGAAAAACAGUUCGAGUAAGACUAAACUAUCUUACAAAUAAAUAAAAAUAACGUUACUUAUAAAAAUAUGUAUCAUACACAUAAUAAAUACAAUAUAAAAUUUAAUACAUUUUUUAUUGCAUGAUUAGAUUGAAAAAAAUUUUUAAUUUUAGAAAUUAUUGAAUCAUUGUAUAAGACUAUUUAAACAUAUUCUGUAUAUUCUCUGUUUAUCUAAACUAAAAAUGAUAUAGUUUUUAGAAUUAACUUGCUUUCUAAUGCUGUAAUUUUUUAAAACUUGCAAAACUAUAUUGAAAAUAUUUAUAUAUUAAUAUUUUAGAAUAUCUAAAUAUCUUGUUGAUAUUAGAUCGUAGAUUAUGUAUUAUAUUUUACGAUCUGUAAAAUCUUUAAAGUUCACUAUCUCACGAUUUUGUUACAGAUAUUUAGAAUGCCGUUAUAAAUAUCGCAAUUAUCUUCAGUUGUACCAUGCGGUAAAUUGCGAGGCAUGCGACUAACAAGAUAAUUGUUUGCUAAUCGAAAUAAAAAUAAAAAUAAAGUGCAAAAAUUGCGAUAUUGUGAUGACAAACUGCACUGCAUCUGCCGGAAGGCUUCCGCACUCUACUACGUAACAAUACACUGUUAUUGUAAGAUAUGAACCGGAUCUUGAACCAAGUUGUGCGAGUAAUUUUCCAAAUAACACGGAUCCCGCGAUCUAUUGAUCGUUCACAAUCGAAUGCAUCAGUCAUGCGGUUGGGAAGGGCUGAUAUUACCUGAUAUUACGUUUGAAACGGAAAUUGUACAUUCCGCCACCCGCGAAAGGUUUGGUCAAUUUCCUCGUAAAACUAAUGACGCAAUGACGUCAAUUUAUUUGUCACCUGGAGCGAUACUCAGCAGGGUAAAAUAAAGUAAAUGUAGAAGUGAAAGCUUAUAACGCUUAUAGCAUUAAAUUAAGAAAAAAGUAUAUUAGUUUCUCUUAAAAGCUAUUAUCGAUUUACAUAUAUUAUAUUAUAGUGUUGCAGUUGCUUCGUGUGCUGCUGCUGUAGCUUCUAUCAGUGAUUUCAUUUCGAUAAGAUGCAAGAUUAUGUUCUUCCUAGAAAGGAAAAUAAUUCUACUCUACAUAAUAUCAGCAUAAGCAGCUUCGCAACGCGCGUUUUAUUGCCGUUCGUCAAUUAGCGAUAGUAUCGAGGUGCGCAGUAUUUUAGGACAACCGCGGAAGGUAGCUAUGCUUAUAGGCGAGCCUAUUGAAAAUACUUGUUAGAGAGUAUUACCGUCGUUUCGACGCGAGCUAGAGACCGCGACGUAAGAUCACGAUUAAAAGGUAUUUACCAGACACAGCGGAUUAAGAGUGACGCACGGUCCGACCGUUACUUCGUUAAAAGUGUAGAAUUACACUCUGGAAUUGUGCGUAAAUCUGUCCGUGGUAGUCGCCUUUAAAUAUCGGCGACGGUGGCACCCGAAUACAUAAUUCACUGGGUUCUCGCAAGACAGUGACCGCUGUCUCUCACGGAAGAAUGUUCUGCUAUCGCAGAUUUAAAAUUAUUCCUCAUACUUUGAUGAUGCGAUCGAGAGGGUGACCCGGUAUAUUUAUUUAUACCUCGAACGGAGCGAAGGCUGAUGAACGACGAUGAUACGAGGGAGCAAGAUGCAGUCUGGACGCACUCCUUGCUCUAAGAACGCAGCAAUUUAGCGAUAUCAGUCGACAGACCGACGUGGCUAAUUCUAUCUACGUAGCGCCACUCGAUAAUUUACUCGUAAAACGUAUUAGAUCGCCACCGGGACGACCGCUAAUUACAGGCUGCCUUGUAUGCGAACGCAUCUAGGCUGCAACGAACGAGAUGUUAAACCGGCGAAAGUCACCCAUCGGUUAUCAAUGUCAGUCGCUGUCAUCGCUUCCUCCUAAAACCGUUCAAAACACAUAAUAAGUUUUCACAAUUAAUUGUGAUUUCCUCAACAUUUGAAAUUUUGAAAAAUUAUCUGUGCAAAUUUAUGCAGAUUAUUUGAUGUAGAUCGGUAUUUUCCCUUUCAAGAAACAUUUCCACGAAUAUGUCGAUAUUAUGUACGCAAAUAUAUUCGUAUCUGAGAAGAUAUUUAUCUUUUAUGAGAUUUAAUAGUGAACGGUUAGUCAAUCAUAAAUCAUGUUGAUGUUUCGCAGCAGUGAGAUUUGAUAUAUGACCGAUCGUACUAGGAAUGUUCCUCGUUUGUUCUCUCUCAGUACAGAGAUGUUGGUCAUGUACCACUUUUGUCAUACAUAUAUUGUUUGAAAUCAUCAUUGAUGCCACCCAAUGAUUUCAUAAAAAAAAGUAGAUUCUAAAAUAAUCUAAAUUAAGUGAUUUUGUUAAUUAUAACGCCACAUAGUACCAUAAUUUCAUUUCUGAUUUUAUCUUUAGAUUAAGUCUAAUUGAAUUACUAAAAUUCGAUUUUAUUGGCUAAUUCAAAAUCUGUUUAAGUAAGUCUCUUUGACAUUUUUGAAUUUUCAGAUUUGCUUUAAUCGUAUUCCAAUUAAUAGGUUUCUUCAUUAAUUUUUAUCUUGCACCUUUAACAAAUUUUCCUCCUGUGUUAUUUAAAGACUCGUGUCAAAACAAAGAAAAGAGCAUUUUCAUUCAGGUAUUAAAAUAAUGUCUUCGUAUGGCGUUACCAGGUGACGCGCUGUGGCAGAGGCGCCCAAAGCUCGGUUCCGCGACUUCACACGGGCGUAUAAAAUCGGUCCUCCACCGACGGGAGCCGUUAGUACGAAACAACACCUCUGACAGAGAAACUCGGCUCUCGGAUCGGCUUACUAGCCUGUAACAUGCAUCUCUCGCUGCACUGUACACACAUUUAGAUUUACACGCGAGAUAAUACGGAAAAAAAAGAACAAAUCUGUUGGAACAUUACGAUAUAAACUUUCAUGCGAUCAAUCCACAAAGAUAUUUUCCGAUUGUAACAUUGAUGAACGCUUUGUCGGUGGCGUUGAUAAACCAAACAGCUGGUGAAUUAAUUAGCGAUAAGUCUAUUAGCUCGCGAACCAAAUACUACGUGUUUGGGAUAAUUGUGUAAUUACAGUGCAAUUAAUUGAGAUGAAUCUUUCCGAUGUGAUAAUAAUUUGCUCUGCAAAUUUGCAAAUAAGAGAUGUAUUCUGUGAUCAGUAUGUGAGUUGAUAUUAGCUGCCGUGUCUGGGUAGUGUGUUUAUUCUCUGUCAACAGUUUCACGUACAAUUCAAACUCAGUGCAACAGACUUGCUGACAGGUUUUUGCAAACACAUAUUAAUAGUGCGGCAGUGCCGACGGGGUUCGAUAAUCGUAAAAAUAAACGGUACACCGCAACUUGCGUAAGAUUCCCUCAAAUGCUCCAUCCCACGAUGUGACGUGUUUUCUCUGCAAUAAAGUAAGACUACCAAUAAACGGUGGCCCGAUAGAAAACAUACAUACGGAAACGCACACAAAUAAUUUUUCAACUCAUAACAAGGGCUCUUACACGUAGUCAACGAGAAAUUCAUCCAUAUUGCAACGAGCAUUGUUUAAAACAGUGAAAAAUGACGUAAGAUCAAACGUAUAGUGCGAAAAGAAAAGUGUGCACCGUCCCACCGGAAGCUGGAGCGAGAUGCAUCGACAGUGAGGCCGCAAGAGUGAAAAUCCGUCAAGAUGCAGCCACUCGUUCUUCCCUUUUUGCUGCUAUCUUUAACGUGUGGUGUGAGAUUUGGCAGCGGUCAUCUGAUAGACGGAAUUUUCACCGAGCCGACUUUGGAGCCGGGGUAUAAUUUGGUAGCGGUGGUCCCACGUGGCGCCUUGGCACUGAACGUGACCGAACUCCGUCGCACGCAGAAUUAUCUUGCAAUUAGAUUGCAAGAUGGCAGUUAUUUGUUGAACGGGGAUAAUCUUAUUAAUUGGUCCGGCGAAUACAAUGGAGCUGGAACAACAUUUGUUUAUCGUCGUCAAGGCCCUCAAAAUUUAGAAAGCUUUUCUGCAGUGGGCCCAUUACAGGAAUCCAUAGAUGUCAUGGUAUUAUAUCAGGAACCAAACCCUGGUAUUGUUUAUCGAUAUCGAAUUCCCGGAAGUACAAAUUUACAUCAUUUCCCACAUAAUUCAGUUUCCAAUAAAGGUAUUGAGCAUAGCUUAUCAAAUAGAUUCGAAAAUGGGCCAGCGAGCAAUGUAACAUUUCCACCUUUUUCACCACGGCGUUAUAGGAAAAGAAAAUUCAUCUGGAAGGCGAUUUAUAGUGAGUGCAGUAGAUCGUGCGGCGCAGGUUUACAGAUACUCAGACACGUGUGUAUCAAAGAGCACACGCAGCAGUCAGUACCGGAGAAGAAAUGUCAUGGGUUAGAAAAGUUGCACGAAGUUCGCAUAAGACCAUGUAACACUACGCCAUGUCCACCCAGGUGGCGCGGCGGACCAUGGAGCGAUUGCUCUACUACUUGUGGCACUGGAGUUCGUACACGCGAGCUUGAGUGCGUACAGGAAGUAAGAACGUCCUUAACGAUGAGAAUCGCUGAUGGCGCUUGCACGGAACCAAGAAAUCUGCCGACAAGCGAAGUGUGCGAGAUGCCAGCGUGUGAGGCAAACGUCAUCAGGCAAACGUCGACAGAAUCGUCUUCUCAAUCAUCGGCUCCGCGAUGGACCGUAGGCGUUUGGUCGCAGUGUUCUACGUCCUGCGGUGUGGGGAAAAGAACGAGGGUCGUAACUUGCGUUACUGAAGAUACUCCGUGCGAUCUCUCGGAAAAACCUGAGGCACAUGAAACGUGCGACUUAGGACCAUGUCUAAUGAAAUCAACAUCACCGAACGCUGUUUCUGCGAAGCUUCAGAGCUCGCAGUGGCUAUUUACUGAAUGGUCUGAUCAGUGUUCGGCAGAAUGUGGGAUUGGAGUUCAAACUCGGAGAGUUCUUUGCGAGACAAACUCUAAUGAAGAAUCUUGCGAUGAAUCGAGUCGACCUGAGACUUCCAGAGAUUGUUUGAGUAAUAGAACUUGCAGCGGUCAGUGGUUCACAGGACCUUGGACGGAGUGUUCUUCAAGUUGCGAUAUAGGUGAGCAAGUUAGAGAUGUUGUCUGUGUUACAACUCUUCGAGGUUCCCUACGUGUCGUCUUAGACAUGAAUUGUCCUGCAAACAAACCAGAAAGUAGAAAAUCAUGCAGAGAACAUUCUUGCAGCUCUGCUUGGUACAUUUCAGACUGGACGCCGUGUUCACGAUCUUGCGGUAAAGGUGUUCAAAAACGCGAAGUUCGAUGCCUUAAUCCGGACGGUCAAUUACCAGAUUCGUAUCAGCUUCAUUGCAAAGAAGAAGAUAGACCAAUAUCUCGAAGGACAUGUAAUGAUUAUCCUUGCAGAGACGAUCUACGCGCAUCUGAAAAUUCUCACAAGGUCCUUCAAAUUCAGGAUGAUCCCGAAAUAACGAAUGGUGUUGAAGACAAUCCACUUUGUAAAGACAAAAUGACUAAUUGCAAUUUAGUCACUCAAGCUCGGCUCUGUUCUUAUCAAUUUUAUCAAGAGUCUUGCUGUCUGUCGUGUUCUCGAGCCAAACCGGAUUUUGAAUAAAAAAUUUCCUUCAAUUAUGCUCACGACUUUUCAAUGAAAAAAACUGCCUUUAGUAAUGUUAGCAUAUAUCGCCAAUUAAAACUAUUUUUGUUGCCUAUUGGUACAAAUAAUUUUUAAUAGUUACUAGACAAUAAAACUUUUAUAUGUUUUGUAUGUAUAGAAGUGUAGAUAUGUAUGCUGCAGAGAGAGAGAGAGAGAGAGAGAGAGAGAGAGAGAGAGAGAGAGAGAGAGAGAGA